AUGGAUCGAAAAUUCAAGCUGGCCGUGAUUGCUAGGGUAGAGCGUCAUCCCGAAAUUUGGAAUUUUACCUCAGAAGAUUAUAAAAAGCAGGACGUACGGCUAACCGCUUGGGAUCAAAUCGUAGCCGAACUACAAGCUGAAGGUUUCGACACAGAUAUGCAUGCUGCGAAAACAACAUGGAAACGUUUAAAAGAUACUUUUUCAAAGCGAUUAAAGCACUAUCCUCCCGGUGCUGCGAAGGCAUGGGUUUACGAUGAAGAACUGCAAUUUCUCAUGGCAAGUACAAGUUCUGUAACUCACAACACCGUUACGGGACAUGAUGAAGAGGAAAGUACAGAAGACGUGAAGGGAGAACAGUUUGACAAGGAGGGAAGCGUGACUACCGAGGAUGGAUUUACCGAUACGAGCAGUGCCUCCGUAGCAUCUCCAUCCAGUACGGCUUAUGUGCGCCGUCAGACUUCUCUUCGGCGAGGCCUCGCGGGCCAGUACAUUGCACAAACACUUCGAGAACUUUCACCAGAGGUCUCUUCGGUGAAAAUAUUGGAAAUCACCAAAGUGCUUCAUACUUCUACAAGCUGUGCACCAAAUUCAAGGAUGAAUACUCCGAGGACGCCUCAACACAAUAGACGAUAA